CCCUCACGCAGCAGACUAGCACGCACUAGCGCUGAUAGUUAGUAAGACGCUUAUUUGGGCCUAGCUCUCAGCCCAAAGGUUUAGUUGGGCCGGGCCGAGUUGGGCUUUACGGAUGGUAAAACAUGUGACACGAUGACGCAGUUGAGCGAACUGCUUGGUUGGGAAUGGCGGCGCCCGUGGCCGGCCGCCUCUCCGGGCUCCUCCGGCGAUGCGCGGCGGCCGGGGCGGUCCGGCCGGGAGAGCAGGCGCACGCGAGGGCGGUGGUGGGCGGGUGGCUCCCCGACGCCACCCUGGAGACCGACCUCGUGCUGAUGUACUGCAGGUGCGGCGAGCGUCGGCGCGCACGCAGGGUGUUCGACGGAAUGCGUGCGCCGUCCAUGCACGCGUACAACGUGCUCCUCGCGGCGUCGCCUCCCCGCGACGCGAUGGAGGUGUUCUCCCGCCUCCUCGCGUCGGGGCUCCGCCCUGACGGUUACUCUGUCCCCGCCGUGGUACGUGCCUGCGCUGAGCUCCCCGACGCGGUGCUUGGCGGGGUGAUCCACGGCUUCGCCGUCCGGCUCGGCUUGAUGGGGAACGUUGUUGUGGCCGCUGCGCUUCUGGAUAUGUAUGCCAAGGCUGGUUUCCUGGAUGAUGCGGUGAGGGUGUUCGACGAGAUGACGGAGAGGGAUGCUGUCGUCUGGAACUGCAUGGUUGCAGGGUAUGCGAGGGCUGGGAGGGCAGUAGAAACCUUUGAGAUUUUCAGCAGAGCGCAGGUUGAGGCGGUGAACAUGGUGAAUGGUCUGCAGGCUGUGCCCAGCGUGUUGAAUAUCUGCGCGAAGGAAGGGGAGCUGAUGAAGGGUAGGGAAAUCCAUGGUAGGAUGGUGAGGUGCCUUGCAUUUGAUUCGGAUAUCGCAGUGGGGAACGCUUUGAUCAACAUGUAUGCAAAGUGCGGCCGGGUCAAUGUAUCACAAGCAGUGUUUUCUGGCAUGCAGCAGAGGGAUGUGGUGAGCUGGUCUACAAUGAUUCAUAGCUACAGCAUUCAUGGCAAGGGGGAACAGGCAUUGAAGGUUUACAUGGAAAUGUUGUCUGAGGGAGUGAAACCAAAUUGGAUCACAUUCACAUCAGUUCUGUCAAGUUGCAGCCACUCCGGGCUUGUAACCGAGGGUCGGAAGAUCUUCGAGUCGAUGACUAAGGUUCAUGGUGUCCACCCUGCUGCUGAGCACUAUGCAUGUAUGGUUGACCUCUUAGGGCGUGCUGGAGCCAUUGAAGAAGCUGUUGGGCUUAUAAGGAAGAUGCCCAUGGAACCUUGUGCUAGCGUGUGGGGAGCUUUGCUCUCUGCAUGUGCUAUGCAUAAUAACGUCGAUGUUGGAGAGAUUGCAGCUUUUAGGCUAUUUGAGUUAGAAGAAGGCAGUGCUAGCAAUUAUGUUACCCUCUGUGGAAUUUAUGACGCAGUUGGUCAAUCUGAUGGUGUUGCAGGGUUGAGAUCAAGGAUGAGAGAACUCGGCAUGGUGAAGACGCCUGGGUGCAGUCGGAUCGAUGUGAAGGGAAGAGCUCAUGCUUUCUACCAGGGGAGCAUCCCACGUUAUUUGAGGAGAUGAAUGCUUUGGGUAUUAGAUCAGUUACUAGACGAUAUGGCAAAUUCAGAUUCAGAAGAUGAGCAUGCUGACUUGUACUUUGAGUUAACUCUGCACUGAAGUUCUGAUGCUGAAAGUCAUGUAUUGCUACAAUCAAUUUUGUUCAAGGAAAAGCAUGGAUCUUCCUUGAUGGCUGCCAUGCUACUCAUGAACAAAGUUGAAUGAAGACCAACAAAGAAUCCUAAGAAAUUGGUCAAUCUAGAUGUCUUGGAAGCUGAAACUUUUCAGGACCAGUAUCUGGAGCAACAUCCUGCAUCAUGGUAUGGUGCCAGGAUGAGAGCAAGAGGGUGGCUCUUCUGGUCGAAACGACUGGUAUCUAGUCUGAGGUGACUGCAAUGACAGUAAUACAUGUGUAAUGUUGUCAGUCUAAUUUAUCGGCAUGUGGCUCAAAUAUAGUGCUUCUGAAAAUAUGCGACAAUAUUGGAUGCAGGAGAAACUGUGAAAAUCUCCUGCAAGGGUAAUUCUUAAGAGUUCCCUUCAUCCAACUGGAAGGGAUGAGGAGUAUUCAUUCAAACUAGUCAAUCAUGGCAAUGGCCAUUCUGGGCUUAAAGGAUCAUCAAGCACUAACCAAGUAUCCAAUGAUAUUUAUGGUUUCCUUAGCUUAAAGUACAGCAUCACCUUUGUCUCCAUACGAAUUUCAGUACAGUUACAAAAAGAAGCUGUGUAUCCUGUCACUCUCCAAGAUCACCAAUGGGUUGUUGCAUCUGGUGCUAUGGUUGCCAGCAUGCAAAUCUGUCUUUUGAGGUCAUUUUGCUUGGAUCCACAUACCCACUCUUUUAAGGUAAGGAAACCGUCAUUUGGAAGCUCCAUUUAUGAGAAUUUGUCUUUGUCACGAGAUGGUUGAACAACUGACUCGUUUUCUCCGCAUAGCUAUCCCUGUAUUUGUCUGUAUUCCAACCUGUUACCUGGCAAUACUAUCAAAACAGGUAUAUGUAAAAUAGUGUAUUCUUGUA